GACGCUUCCUCGGUCGAUAUGCGUGGACGAGGGAGAGACACAAAUAUCUGUGUGAAUGCAUAGUGUAAUUACAUGUGAUAGUGAUUUCUGAUCAUAUUUUUGUACCAUUGCAAAUCGUAAUAUUUUGACGGUAUUUUUCUUGUACAUGUGUUUAAUGCUACAUCAAACUACUCAUUAGGCUGUUGGCUUUUUGCAUGUUCAAAGGGUAUUUGUUGCAUUGAUUGUAUAAUACCAGAAGUAGAUAAUAGCUAGGGAAUCUACUUCUGAUAAUACGUAAUAGAAAUUAUGUGGUGAAAAUUAAUCUAUUUCAUUUCUGUUUAUGAUUUUACUAGGCAAGAUUUCUCGUAUCAGUUGUAGUAUACAGUACUAUUAAUUAAGUUGCCUAAUAAAAAUAAACGUAAUUUCACGAAACUCAAGAAUAUUGAACUUUGAAGCCAUAGAAUCUUUUACAUUAUCAUGAAGCAAAGCUGCAAGUUACAGCCAGAGGGUACAAGAAGUAACAACAGGUGGCGCUACACCACACGUAAACAUGGCUUGUCAUAGCUGUGCAACAAAGUUUGGACUUUUCAAGAAAGAACUAGGCUGUCCAAACUGUGGAUAUGCAUUUUGUGCCAAGUGCCGGACAAAGAAGGCGGUUGUACCAGCACAAGGAAGAGACACUCACCAUGUCUGCAACAAAUGCUAUGACAAACUCAUGGGGAAAGCUAAAGAAGAUAAGCCAAUGCAGUUUGACCUGCCUGAAAACUACUUGAAGAGAGUAGAGGCAUUGAACAAAAAAGGGACUUCGCACCCACCGCCUGGUGUCAGGCCUGGGCACAAACCAGGUGCCGAUCACAAACAUGGUGGCUUUGCUAGCAAAGAUACAGAGCUGGAAAUGCGUUUGAAAAGGCUUAAGGAUAAUCCAGGAAAGGGUUCGCCACCACCGAAACAAGCUACCCACGCUGAAAUUGAGGAAAGACUCGCAAGACUAAAAGGUGUCCACCCUUCUACCCUCAAAUCAAAUGAUACCCCAAUGUAUCGCCCGCCAGAUGUUCGCACGGAGACACAGAAGACUGAGGACCUACUGUCUGAGAUUCAAGAUCGUGUGGAAGUUGAGUCACACUGGCCUGAUCCAGCUACAGAGGUUGCUCAACGGUUAGAGCAGCUAAGAAAUGGUCCAGCUGUCCCAGCUCCAUCUGCCAUGGAUUCCCAGAACGACUUAAAUAAGCCCAGUUUGUCGAAAAGCAACCCUGGGCCAUCAGAACUCGCCAAUAUACCUGGAGAUUUUUCAAAUGUUAAGCCUGAACCAGAUAGUGUGAACAGCAACGAUGAUGGCAUUGGCAAGGACAUUGAUGCAGCCAUGCUGAGCAAUCUCCUCCAGGAUGCUCAAAGAGAAGUCGAGGAAGACGCUAGGCGAGCCAUGCAGAGUCUGGAAAAAGACAACGAGAUACGAUUUAAAUUGGAUGAGCUGAAGAAAAAUUACAAGGAACAGGAACAUAAUAAACCAUCUCCAAUAGAUUGCACUCAAAUCGGUGGUGAGGAGUAUGAUGAAGUAGAUAGUGAGGAGGAGACCUCAGAGCAGGCUACAGAGCGACUGAUAAACCAGUUAGUUUCAGAAGCAAAGCUAGAAGAAGAACUGGGCACAGAUCCCACAUCAUCUGGUAGCAGUGAUAACGUGGCGCCAUCUGCAGCGAGUAAAAGUCACCAUUCCUCUAAACCGUCUCACAAGACCCGAAAGACUGUGCCAAAUGUAGCCCUAAAGCAUCGUGGCAAGACAAAUUUUGAUGACGAAGGCAGCAAUACAUCAGAGCUGCCGUGGUGCUGCAUUUGUAACGAGGAUGCCUGCCUCCGUUGCCAUGGUUGUAUGGAUGAUCUAUACUGCAUGCGCUGCUUUAGGGAAGCACAUGAUGAGUACGACAUGUCUGAUCAUAAGACAGUAAGAUUUCACCAACCACAGAGCAAGUAAACGUGCUAACAAAAAACUAGUUACAAAGUAUUGUUUAAGUGUGUAACCCUACAGAAUGCGUAAAGUUUAUCUGUGUGUUUCCACAUUAAGUUUCAGUAUCUAAAUAGUGUAUCCAAUUUAUUAUCAUGGGAACCGUAACUCCUAUCUUUGCUGAUUACUUUGUAAGUUUAGCAAGCAUUGAGCUAAAUUGCUAAUGUGUGUAUACAAUUUAAUUUAAAUAGAACUUGUGUAAUUAAAUUUAGUGUAAAUUAUCAAUAUAAAAAAUUGUGUUUGGUAUUAAUUUUAUUUUACAUAAAUAUACAAUUUAAUUCUAUUUAUAUGUUCAUUGAAUAUACGAAAUUGUACUGCUCAUAGAUUAAAUUGA